AUGUCCUGUCCAGCACUGCCGCCUCUCAGCUGUGACCACGAGGGUCAGGUCAAGGUCAUUGAAACUGAUGGCUGCUGUAAGAAGGAGGAGUGCGAGUGUGAUGUGAAGCUCUGCCCUACUGUUGUGCCGUCCUGUCCUGCUGGUUUUGAGCUGAUCACCAGUCAGGGAGUCUGCUGUCUCAACACCUCCUGCCGGGUUAAGGAUGUGUGUGUUUUUAACAACAUCGAAUAUCAGGUUGGAGACGUGAUACCCAUGAACCCAUGCGAAAAGUGCGUUUGUGGCCCCGACAAAGACCCCAGCACCCAUCUGCACAUAAUAGUGUGUCAGUCUUUACCAUGUGACACCUUCUGCCCUGUGGGUUUUAAGUACGAGAUCAUCCCUGGACAGUGCUGUGGGACGUGUGUCCAGAAGAACUGCACUGUCAAGCCACCAAACUCAAACAUCACACACUCAAUAAAGCCUGGCACCAUCUGGACUCCUCCUGGAAUGCCCUGUCUGAGGUACGAGUGUGUGAAGAUGGGUAAUCAGUUCAUCACCAUCGAGUCCAAGACCAUCUGUCCUCCCUAUAAUCCUAAAGAAUGCAUACCGGGAACAGAGACCGUAGCUCAAGACGGAUGCUGUCAUGUCUGUAUUCCGAAGGGUCAGCCGUGCAGUGUGUCCACUACGACUGUUCAACUGGAGAACCAGGGCUGCCUGUCUAAGGACCUGAUCAAUGUCACAAGCUGUAAUGGAGCAUGCGGCACCUUCACCUUCUUCUCAGCCAAAGCCAGGUCGUUGCAGCACACCUGCUCCUGCUGCCAGGAGGUGGCCAUAUCGGAGCGGCAGGUCCAGCUCACCUGUCCUGACAGCUCAGAGAUCACCUACACCUACAUCCACAUCGACUCCUGCGCAUGCCUCAAGACAGACUGCUACGUGACUGGCCGCAGUGAAAAGGCGGCCGCUCCCAAGUCCAGUCGAAGCAGGAGAUAAGGCGAGAACCAGGACACACAUAAUAAUGUAUUGAGCGUGCAUUUAUAGGACCAUAACUCAACAGUC